AUGGUCGGGCUUGCUGCGUGGCCGAGGCAGGUCGUGCGCGUCAUGCCUCGCUUGGCAGCUCACAUACGGAUGCGGACCAGUAAGGGCGAUGGCAAGCUGUCAAAUGGGCAUGAAGGUGGGGAGGAGGGUCAGACGGUAUCGAGGUGGAUAUCGGAGAAUGUGCCAAGUCUGAAAGGCACGUUCAGGCCGGCGUGGUGGUUGCCAAAUGGGCACUUGCAGACCAUGUACUCUGUGGUCGGGAACUUCUUGAAGGUGGAUAAGAUCACAUAUAAGCGGACUUACCUCCGCGUACCAGACGGCGGUACAAUCGGUCUCGACUUCACAGAAGGCUACGAUUCGAUGUCUGACGAGGCACCAAUACUGGUCAUCUGUCAUGGCCUGACGGGAGGCAGCCACGAGAGCUAUGUCCGGAACGUGCUUACAUGGGUGGUCCAGCCGAAAUCCGAAGGAGGGCUCGAGGGCAGAGCUGUCGUUGUCAAUUUCCGCGGCUGCGCCAACACUCCUCUUACCUCCACCCAGCUCUACUCUGCCGCCACUACCGUCGACCUCGAGCUCUCCCUGCACUACCUCCGACAUCGAUACCCCAACGCUCCGCUGCACGGAAUCGGCUUCUCCCUCGGCGCAUCCGUGCUCACCAACUACCUCGGCAACUCCUCUUCCUCAUCCCUUCUCUCGUCCGGCCUCGCCCUUGGCUGUCCAUGGAACCUCCCCGGCAUGUCGGUCCGACUCGAAGGCGACGCCCUCCACCGCAUCAUCUACUCUGGCGCCAUGGCGACCAACGUCAUGCGUAUUUUUUUCAGGCAAUACGACCACACACCACAGGUGUUUGAUCGGGACGAGCUGUUUGUGCGGGAAUGUGUACCGCAGCUGAAGGUCAUGCGGAAGAAGAAGCUGGGCGUGAGGCUGAAGGAUGUGGACGAGGUGAUGACGUCGCGAUUGGGCGGUCCGCAUGGGGAGGGAUUGUGGCCAUUCAAGUCGGCUGAGGCGUAUUACGAGUAUGCGAGUCCGUUUCAGCGGGUAGAGGCGGUGAAGCGUCCCACACUCGCUAUCAACGCAUUCGACGAUCCAGUCAUAGACGGAAAGUACCUUCCUGUCGAAGAGGUCCACGCAUCCUCACACGUCUUCCUCGCUAUCACAGGCAGCGGCGGCCAUCUCGGCUGGUUUGACGGAAAUUGGUUCUCCACCAAAGGCUCGAAACAGCGCUGGGUGCUGGCACCGGCGCAAGAGUUCUUGACCGCUGCUACGAGGGAUCUGGGCGUGGAAGGAGGCGGACUGGAGGUGGUACGUGAGGACGGAUGGGACUUGGUCGAGAGUGGCGGACACGAGGUACAGGGUGGGGGAAGGAGAGGGUGGAGGGUAUUGAGGGAAGGAGGCGAUGUGGACAGUACAGAAGGGACUGGGGCUUUACAGGGUUUGUGA